UGUAGACAACAUACAAGCGGAGAAAAAAAACCUAUACCAAUAAAUAAAAUAUUUAAGGAAAUAUUUAAGACUUGUGAUUGAAAAUUGCAUAUAAAUAAAAUAACUGUUAAUUUUAAAAGGCAUAUUGUGAAUUUAUUUUAAAUGUAAAACUAAAUUUGCAAUGGAAAAAAUUUCAAAAAAACUAAAACAACUAAUAAACCUCAAGUAAAAUGCCUUUUAACAAAAAAAAAACUUUGUUAUUGUUUGGAAAAUAAAAAUAACCUUUGUUUUCUUGUUUUAAAAAUUUGUAAAUUUAUUUUGUAAAUAAAAUAUAAACAUAUACGUGGGUGCUUGUGUAGGAAUAAAGGCUGAAGUUGAAUAUCUUUACCUUUUCCUUGGAACUACAAAAACUUGACAUAGAAACCAUUAAAGUGUGUUCUGUUAAGUGCUUGAAAACAGUCUUGAAGACAAAUAAAAGAAAAGAAAAAAAUAACAAAAAGUAUUCGCACAGCUGUUGUUUGAAUUGAUUAAAAUAAAACAAACAUAUUUUUUUCAGAAAAUAAAUAUGUAAGCACAAAAAUAUGUAGAUAAAUAUGCAAAGAUAUGCCAGACAAGCAUAUUAAAUAAAUUCAAGCCAAAUAAGAAAAAAAAGAAACAUAAAUAAAACAAAUUAUUGUAUGUUUAUUUAUAAAAGUUAUUCAGUAUAAACAUAAACAUGCACAUGCUGUGAGAAGUUUAUAUAAUCUCUAAUUAAAAAAAAUAUAUAUAAUACUUAAAAAGAUUAAAUGAAAAAUGGCAAUUCAAUUAACCCAAUAAUGAAUAUUAUGAGAAUGUUAACUCAACAAUGAUAUGGUGUUAUAAAUGUAUUAAAUAGCAGUUAAACGUUAAAAAAUUAAACAAUAAAUUUAAGUGCAGUGGUAAUAAUUUAAUAAAAAUUAUAAUAGUUAGUUUAAAUCUCACAUGGAUUACCAGUAAACUCACAAUAUGGAUUUAAUGAAUAUAUCAACAUACAUUUGGAAUAUAUUUUUAUUGUUUUUAUUUUUCCUGCCUGGUGCAAUUUUGGAAAGUUUCGAAAAAAAUAAUACAAAGACUUUAAUAAAAAAUCUACAAUUGGAUUUAAAAGAUAUAAACUCAAUGGAAACCAUAAACAAAAUGUCAUCAACAGCACCAUCAGUCUUUUCGACAGCAUUAGCAUUAACAGCAACAACAGAAACACCAGUAAAAGCAAUAUUGCUAUCAUCAUUAACAAAAACAACACAAACAAUGACAGCAGCAAAAGCAGCUACAACACAAACAACAACUGAAUCGAUAAAAUUGUUGUCAUCUGAACAGAAGACACAAAACGACACAAGCCAACAACAACAAAAAGAAAACAACCAUUAUAAACAACCAAAAAAGACGAAAAGAAACCUGAAGGUAACAACAGGCAGCAAUCAUGAAAUAUUAAAAAGCAAUAUGACAACAAUAGCAACAUCACCAACUGCAACACUAAUAGACGAACAACGAAAACAAGAGCAACAAACUAAAUUAUUUGCAAUAUCAGCAACAGAUUUUCCAAAAAACAAAACUGAUUAUAUUUUACCAACUAUACUACACGACAGCAUAAAUACACUAAGAAAUAAUGACAAGACUCGGGCUAUACGAGAAAAUACUUCUCAACUGCAACAAGCUGGAAAAAUCAUGUUAACAAAACUUCACAUAACAAAGAAAAGUAUUCAGAAUUCGUUGGUAAGGAAUCCUUUUGAAAAUGUUUACAAGGAUCAAAAUGCAUUAGGCCAACCAACAAUAACAAAUAUAAGCAGUAUAAGUGAACUUUACAUCGAUGACCCUGAUAUUUACGAGGACAAAAGCGACAGUAUGCUACAUCGAAAUAAUUAUGAUGGUAUUGGUCAGAAAACAAAUACUCUAAAUACAGAAACUAUAACAAUUAAUAGUAUUAACAAGAGUAAUCAAGCAGCAGUUAUAUUAGCAAUAACAACAACGACUACAACGACUAGAAAACCAUCAACAUUAGCAACAAAACAAAACCACAUGUAUGACAACAAUAGUGCAUUAUCCUAUUUACCAUACCAAAGUGCUGCUUUAAAGGCGUCCGCUCCUAAUAUGAAAACAUUGAACAGCAAUCUAAAUAUGUAUCCUGGCAGUGGUAGUAGUAUUAGUCGUGGUAGCUUUGGUGGUGGCAGUAGUAGUAGUUUAAAACGAGAUACAUUAAUGUCUUUGGCAGGCAUAAUAUCAACAACAAAAGCAGCUGCUGUUGACAAUAGUUUUAUGAAAAAUUCUACCAAUAGCCAUAUAUUGCAUACUACUGAUGAUGUUGAGAAGGAAAAUGUAUUGAAAAUACAACAUAAUUUUAAAAGCAAUAAUUCUUUAGCAAUGAAACAAAUAUCACAAACAACAAUGAAAAUAACACCACCAACAACUACAACAAUAGCAUUAAAUAAAACAUUAUCAUCAUCGUCGACGUCAUCAUCAGCACUACCAUUUAAUGUAUCAUCAACACACUCCGUCACAUCAGCAGCAAUCAUAUCAACAACAAAAGAAAUCCCUACAACAACAGUAACAACAUCAACCUCAAAAUCUACAUUAAGAACUACCACACGACGUCGCAAAAUUCCAACGACAACAUUAAAACCACCUCCUACUAUUGAUGACUAUCAAACAAUAACUAGCCAAGCUGGGACACAUGCUUAUUUACCUUGUAAUGUUAAGCAAUUAGUUAAAAAACCCAUUUCAUGGUUACGUGUACGUGAUGGUCAUAUAUUAACAGUCGAUCAAACAACAUUUAUAGCCGAUCAGAGAUUUCAAUCCAUUUUUACUACCAAUCCAGAAAGAUGGUCAUUACAAAUAAAAUAUGUACAAUUAAAAGAUGCAGGCAUAUAUGAAUGCCAAGUGUCUACCGAGCCAAAGGCAAGCGCUAUAAUUUAUCUUCAUGUUGUGGAACCGAAAACGGAAUUAAUCGGUGCACCCACACGGCAUGUUAAGGCCGGAAGUCAAGUGAAACUGUUGUGCAUAAUUAGUCAAGCUUUAGAGCCGCCAUUAUUCAUUAAUUGGUUUUAUAAUCAGAAACAAAUAUAUUUACAUAACCGUAAAGGAUGGCAUACAGAAAUUGAACGCAUUGAAUUGCCGCCGGAAACAACGACAACAACAACUACUACCACGUCUACUACCACCACUACAACUACUACUGCGGCACCGACAACGACCACUUCAACUUCAGUGCCAUCAUUAUCGUCAUCAUCAUCAACAUUAUCCUCGACUAGUUCAUCAAUGCUAAACGGAAGUGAAACUUCUGCAAUGCAUGUAUUUACAUCAAUAACACCACAGCAGUCAUUAAAUGAUGGUAAUCUUUUAGAAUUGGUGUCAGAAUCAACAUACAAUAACUACCCCAAUUUAAUACAACCUGAAGCCACAUCAAUAUCAACUACACUAAAAACACAACAAACUCAUACAUCGGCAGCAGCAACAACAAAUAAUACUACAGUAACAAAAACUAAAGCAACACCAUCAGAGACAGAAUCGAUGGUGGCGGCAACAACAUCAACAACAACAACUACAUUGCCGUCAGCAAUGCCAGUAACUACAACAACAUUAUCUUUUGAUGAUGAUACUGACGAUAAUGACGGUAAUGUUGUCGACGAUGAUGAUGAGGUUGACUAUAAAACAAAUCCAUCGGCAACAGCGUUUGAAGCAGCUGAGGCAAUAGCAGCAGGAAGGGGCUACAUGAUGUUGUCAUCAUUGAUGACAUUUACUGAUGUUAAGCAGAUUACGACUGCUUCAUUAAUUAUACCGUCAGUACAAAAACAAGAUUCUGGAAAUUACACAUGCAGUCCUUCCAACAGCGAACCGCGUACGGUCAUACUACAUGUACUAAAUGGAGAAUACUCAGCAUCCGCCAUUACAUCGGCCGCUUUAAAUAUACUUAUUCCGUAUAAAUUAUUAAUAUUUAAUUUGUCAUUAUUUAUCUACAAUAAUAGUAUGUGGAAAAAUACAAUAAUCUAUACACAAUAUUUAAUUAAACGUUAUAGUGGGGGCUAAAAUAAUAAAAACAAAAAUAUUAUACAAAAUAAUUAUACUUAUUUACGUUAAG